AUGGGCGAGAUGGCUUCCACAGAGAGCAUAAGGGCAUUGGUACUGCACGGCGCAAAGGAUUUGCGACUGGAAUCCCGCGAAACCCCCAAACCCCAACCCAACGAACUCACAAUCGCCAUCCGCGCCACCGGCCUCUGCGGCUCCGACCUACACUACUACAACCACGGCCGCAACGGCAACUUCGUCCUCCAACACCCCAUGUGCCUCGGCCACGAAUCCUCCGGCACCAUCACCUCCACCCCCUCAACCACCUCCACCACCACAACCUCAAACCUCAAAGAAGGCGACCGCGUCGCCCUCGAAGUCGGCCUCCCCUGCCGCGCCUGCCCCCUCUGCACCACCGGCCGCUACAACCUCUGCCCGAAACUACGCUUCAAGUCUUCUGCCAAAACCCACCCGCACUUGGACGGCACCCUGCAAACCGUCAUCACGCACCCCGCGGACCUCUGUCAUAAACUUCCCGAGAACGUGACGUUCGAGCAGGGCGCACUAGUCGAGCCCCUCGCCGUUGUUCUGCACGCCGUGCGCCGCUCCCAGGGCGCUGGGUCAGGCGGCACUGCACCUCUGGUGGGCAGUAGUGCGCUCGUGCUGGGUGCUGGCGCGGUGGGGAUGUUGACGGCAGCGACGCUGGCCGUGAGCGGAGUGAGUAAUAUCGUGAUUGCGGAUAUUGAUGGGCCGAGGCUGGAGAUCGCGAAGGGAAUGGCUGGGGGGAGGUUCAGGUUGAAAACGUUCCUGAUUCCGAAGAAGGCGAGCCCGAAAGAUACGGAGGAGGCACUCAGCAACGGACAGGAUCUUGCGAAGGAAGUUGCAAAGGUUGGAGACCUACCUGAAGGAUUUGGAUUCGACAGGGUGUAUGAGUUUGGGGAUCUAUGCUGCGACGGCGGGCGGGAUGUUGGUGUUGGUGGGGAUGGGGAAUCCGGUGCAGACGUUGCUAUUGGUGCGGCGGCGUUGCGGGAGGUGGAUAUCAUUGGGGUGUUCAGGUAUGCGAAUUGCUAUCCAGCGGCGAUUGCGCUGUUUGCGAGUGGGCAAUUGGAUGGGGUGGCAGAGGCGUUGGUGAGCCAUAGAGUGGGGUUGGAGGAUGGGGAGAGGGCGUUCAGGCUUGCGGCGAAUGCGGCGAGGGAGGGAGAGGAUGAGGGGAGGGCGGUGGUGAAGGUGUUGAUUACUUCAUGA